AUGCCACCAAAGUGGUCCCAGCGGGUGACACUGGGGGGGCUGCUGGGCUGCUUUGACAUCCUCAGCCGCAGCAUGCGGCUGGCGGAGGGGCCGACCACCCUUGCCCCAAAGGGACAAGCUGCUGUCACCAACCAGCCCGGCGUUUCAGACCCCCCUCCGGCAAAUAUCAUCUUCCCUGAAAGAACGGCCACCAAGGAGCAGAUCCCACAAGGACAAGGUGGCUGUGGCCGCAUCCAGGUUCAGGACCCCCCCAUGCCCCAGGAGGAGCCUCAGGCUGCAGAGGAGGAGAGGAGGGGAGAGGAGAGGGUCUCUGGUGAAAUCCUUCCUUUCUUCUGCCUCUCUGAUAAUGAUGGGGACCUGGCAUUGGGACGGCAGAUGACCCUCCUCUGCGACGGCGGCUGCUUCCCUGCUGCUGGCUCUGCCAACAUGUGGAGCUCAGUGGAGUGCGUCUCGGUGUUUGCGAUGCUGGUUGUUACUGCCGUGCAGGCGGGAGUGAAGGUGACCCCAGCUGUGAAGUACACCAAGACGAAGCCCUUACAGAUGGUGGGCGACGGUGUCUCUCACACCCCCCUUGCUGCCCUCGUGGAGAAAAGCCCAUUCCCAGCAGCUCCGGGCAGAGCCGAGUUAGCCACCCAGAGCCCAGUGGCCCGAGGGGCCACCACACUCUUCCCCUUUGAGAACUACACGCUCGACACAGCCGAUUUCUUCUACAACUGCUGUGACUGCUGCCCACCCACUGUGGGGCCUCGGGGGCAGCCGGGGGAGCAGGGACCCCCAGGUCCCAAGGGGGAGAAGGGAGAUGCUGGUCUGCAAGGUCUGCCAGGAAAUCAAGGUCCUCAAGGUCCAAAAGGUUCUAAAGGAGAAAGAGGAGGCAAAGGGGAGCAAGGCGAGCGAGGAGUAAGUGGAAACCCCGGUUAUCCAGGCAAACCUGGGCUGCAAGGUGAAGCUGGAGUAAAAGGCAGUAAAGGCAACUACGGCUUCCCUGGACUGAAGGGACAAAAGGGUUCCAAAGGGGACACUUGUGAGAAUGGGACCAAAGGAGACAAGGGAGACAGGGGGGAUGCUGGAGACCCGGGAGUGGAUGGAGAACAGGGUGACAAAGGGGAAAAGGGAGACACAGGGGAGAAGGGGUACUGCGGGGAGCCAGGGGGGAGAGGUGCGAAGGGGGAGAGAGGGGAAGGGGGGACAAAGGGAGAAAAAGGGAGCAAAGGGGAGAUGGGGGUUGGGGGUAUUCAGGGGAUAGAUGGCAAACAGGGAGAAAAAGGCGAGCAAGGAAGUAAGGGUGAAAAAGGGGACCUGGGACCUGCUGGCAUGAUGGGACCUUCUGGGCCCAAGGGGGCUGCUGGCAGCAAGGGGGGCCGAGGGGCCCCGGGAAAGAAGGGCUCCCGUGGGGCAAAGGGUGCCCGAGGGGACACCACAAAGGUCCUGAGAUCGGCGUUCAGCGCCGGCUUGUCCAAGCCCUUCCCUCCGCCCAACGUCCCCAUUAGAUUUGACAAGAUCUUGUACAACGAUCAAGAAGAUUACAACCCUUCCACCGGGAAAUUCAACUGCAGCGUGCCCGGGGCAUAUGUCUUCUCCUACCACCUGACGGUGAGAGGGCGUCCAGCCCGUGUCAGCCUCGUUGCCCGUAGCAGGAAGGUGGCCAAAGCCCGUGAGACGCUCUACGGCCAGGAGAUCGACCAGGCAUCCUUCCUGACCGUCCUGAAGCUGAGUGCGGGUGACCAGGUGUGGCUGGAGGUUGCACGGGACUGGAACGGGGUCUACGUCAGUGCUGAGGACGACAGUGUCUUUACGGGAUUUCUUCUGUAUCCGGAUGUUUUUGAGAUCCUGCUAUAG